AUGAUUUCACGCUUAAGAUUGCUAAGGCCUCCGAUGCAGUUCUAUCGUCCCUUGUGGCCACAACGUAGAUUAUCAUCCUCUCUCAUUAACCAACACAAUUAUGACUUUACACCAAUUCUUGCCGAAUUACCCAAAGAUUCAAAAGCUAUACCGAAAAUCAUGAAUUUCACUGUGGUUUUAAUGAAGGAUUUAAUGCAGGAAAAAGUGGAUUUAAUGGAAAAAAAAGAACGUGAAAAAUUGGAUUUAUCGAAUGAUUUAAUGGAAAAAAAAGAACGUGAAAAAUUGGAUUUAUCGAAUGAUUUAAUGGAAAAAAAAGAAC